AUGUCUCUUCAAAUCAAUCUCUCAAGCAGAGAUUUGACCGACACGUAUCAAGAUGUUCUGAACGCACGGGGCAUCGACUGGGCCAUGUUCAUCUACGAUAAAGGCUCCAACGAUCUGAAGGUUCAAUCCACUGGAAACGGUGGUCUGGAGGAAUUGCAGGAUGAGUUCUCGGACGGAAGGGUGCAAUAUGCGUUUGCUCGCGUCAAAGAUCCCAAUAGUGACCUCCCCAAGUUCGUACAGAUCAACUGGUGCGGCGACGGUGUCCCUGUCGCGCGGAAGGGUCUCUUCCACACACACUCGAGCGCGGUGGCCAACUUCUUGCGUGGCACGCACUUAGUCAUUAAUGCUCGUAACGAGUCCGACGUGACGCCCGAGCUAAUCAUGUCCCGCGUAGCAACGGCAUCGGGAUCGAGGUACUCCGUGCACAAGGAGACGCCACGCAAGUUUGAGCCAAUCGCUCCUGUGGGCACCAACUACACCCCGGUAGGCAAAGUGGAUAUUAGUGCUAUCAGAUCGAGCGCUACGCCGAAUUAUGCGCCAAAGCCCGCUAUCCCGAGCGCACCGCGACCUGACCAGUUGGCUCGCUCUCCUGUUCCGGGUAUGGGCAGGGAUCCUGUUGUGGGCAAAGCUCCUGCAGACGCAUGGGAGCCGGAGACACUGUCGAUAGCGUCCCCGCCUGCUGCCGCGGCUCGCCCGCCUGUUCUGCAUACAAGCUCGAGGCCUACAGUUGCUCCUGCUGCGCGCUUCGUAACCCCAUCGCCAACUCCAGUCGCUGCCACCCCACCUCCUGCGAAACCGACGGAAGAAGAUACUAUUGGCGCCGUUGGCACAGCGUACACUCCCAUCAAAUUACAGCCCAAGAAGCUUGUCAAUCCUUUCGCCGCCAUGCAGACAAAGGCAGAAACAGAAGCUGCUAUGUCCAAGCCGCAGCUGACUGGGGGUAAGAAAUUGACCUGGAGCGAGCGCCAUGCACUGGCGAAGAAGCAGGCGGAGGAGGAUGAAGCACGGAGUCGUACAGCUUCUUUCCAGCCUCCCUCGCCUGCCCCAGCCUCCUCAUUCAGAAGUAUCGUAUCGCCUCCGCCCCCGCCUCCUGCGCCCGUGGAGCUGGAACAGGAAGACGAAGCAUACGAACCCUCACCCCCUCCGCCUCCCGAACCUCCUGCACCUCCAGCGUCGACUCGCCCAGUUGUUCCUGUUGCAGCCCCGGUUGAGGCAGCUCCGCCUCCGCCUCCUCCCCCACCUCCGCCGCCGCCGCCGCCGCCAGGCCCACCUGCAGCAUAUGAGCGUGAAGAGGAAGUGGAGGAAGCAGCUCCGCCUCCACCUCCCCCUCCUCCGCCACCGCCACCACCUCCACCGAUGCCGGCGCCAGUCGUCCAUCAUGAACCCGAGCCUGAGCCUGAGCAUGAGCCCGAGCCUGAACCAGAAGUGGCCUCCUCUCAUCCGCAUGGCGAAGGUUUGUGUGCUGUCGUGCAGUAUGGUUACGAGGCGCAAGAAGACAACGAGAUAGACCUAGUGGAGGGUGAGCUCAUUGAGCAGAUCGAACAACUCGAUGAGGGAUGGUGGUCCGGUGUCGGUGCUGGUGGCGCCAAGCUCGGAUUAUUCCCUGCAAAUUACGUCGAGAUCAUUGAGCAAGAGAAGACUGCUGCUCCGCUGACGCCACCGCCGACGCCCCCGCCACCUGCACCCGUUCAGCACGAACCCGCACCGGGACCGGAACCAGAACCAGAACGCGAGCCUGAGCACGCAGCCGAGGGUCUUACUGCUGUGGCUCUCUACGACUAUGACGCUGCGGAGGACAACGAACUAACUUUCCGUGAGGGCGACUACAUCUACCACAUCGAGGCUGCCUCAGAAGACUGGUGGCAAGGUACCGACAAGGAUGGGAAGGAAGGCCUGUUUCCUGCUAAUUAUGUUGAAGUGCAGCAGUAA